CCAGUUUUUUCCCACGCGUAUAAAGCAUUGUGAAUAUCCCUUCGGGAUAAACAAUUGAAAGUUCCGAACAUGUCCGCAACGCGAUAACUGCUCUAGAGGAAAAGUUUAUACGAGACUUAAGAAGCAGCCGUUAACAUUUUCAUUGGACAGAAAGACGAAGAGCGUCGUCACGUCCCGAUCAACAUCAAAUCGAAUUUGAGAAGAUGUUACUACAUUUGAUUUCGUUCAGUGUUUUGUUUCAAUUGAUUGCAAGUGAAUCUAACAGCAGCGACGCUAGGAACUCGAGACAACGUUAUUUCAACGAUCCAUCACCGUAUCACAGUUUUAAUUCAUUCAGGCCUUAUUGGCUUAAUCGUUCGCCUUUCAUUGACGCUUUUGAUGAUGUUGGCAUUAUUGAACCUGUGGAAGGAAGGUCAUUGUUACCCAGUAGAUUCGGGUUAACAAGCCAAAUAGAAGACAACUCAAAUGACGAUGCCGUUGCUGGCCGUUUCUUCAACAGGCGAGUUUCGAACCGGGGACAACCCACAGGCAACAGCAAUGGAAAUCGAUUUUAUUCUAAAAUGAGGAACGUCAACCCCUUGGCGAAUUUCAUGCCUUGUGUUUCGUCAACCGCAGAAGAAAUGGGAGUGUGUCUACUCGCUCCCGUUUGCUCCUACUACGGAGGCAGGGCGACUGGCGGAGAUUGCAGAAUGGGAUUAACAUGUUGCGUCAAUGAGGUCACCAGUUGCGGUCCGUUGGUCACGUUCAACAACACGUAUUGGCAAUCACCUUCCGUUAUAAGUUCAGAAACGAGUUGCGGAUUAACAAUCAAGUUGGACCAAUACCUCAUGGAACAAAAGAAGCCGAUUUGUCAAAUUCGCCUCGAUUUCCUGGCGUUUUCACUAGCCCAACCCAACGCCGAAAGUGUUUGCAACGUUGACAGCUUCCAAGUAGCUGGAGCAAUUAACAAGGUUCCAGUCAUUUGCGGCGAUGCCAAUGGACAACACAUGUAUCUGAUGCUCCCGCGCAGUUCAACGAGCGUUCAGAUUGUCACGACCCUCGGCACAGCAUCGGGCCCUCGUUAUUGGAGGAUUAAGAUCGCUAUGCUUUCAUGCGAUUCGGAAUAUUUAGCUCCAGAAGAUUGUCUCCAGUAUUUCACAUCGUCAGCCGGAUCAAUCAUGACGUUCAACUGGAUGGACACUACCAACCGAGCCACACGACAAUUAGCCAAUCAGGAUUAUUACGUUUGUUUCCGGACAGAAUUGGUUAAUAGACAGGCUAGUGGACAAGUAGCUACGAUGUUGUGCCUCUCUCAUUGCCAAGUAUCCAACGGCCUUCCGUUCAGUUUAUCCGGCAAUGCUGAAGCCAGAAGUCAAGUGGUCGGAUCAAGGGCUUGUGCUAACGAUUACGUCGUAUUCCCUGGAGGAUUUAGUUUUCCCUGGACAGACCCGCCAAACCAACGGGAUCGUUUCUGUGGAUCUCUUUUAUCGCAAAACGAAGAGGAUGAUUCUCCACAAACGAUUUGCAGCACAGCCAAACCCUUCCGGUUGCUUUACCGGACGAACGGCGAUGAAACGUUGAGCGUCACAGCCGAUUCUCCACGCGUAGGCAAUCAAGGCUUCUGUUUGAAUUUCGAGCAGAAAUUAGCAUAGGAUUGACACGCUGCAAAAGAACACAUGCCUAUAUACAAAGCUA